AUGAAUUUCUUAUCUUUUCCAGAAUACAACGGAUCCUGUCAUCCAGAAGAUUGGCUUCGCAAUUUUAAAUUCGUUGCAACCUUUCAAGGAAAGAUGGUAACAGAAUCUGAACUAGUUCGUCUUGCACUCUUAAAAAUUAGUCGUUCAAUAUAUAGAGAUAACAAUGACAGCAUUACCAAUUUCUCUCAACUUCUCGAGUUCCUUAAAGCUGAUCCUUCAUUUAGUAUUUUCAAAACCAACUCAGAACAAAAACUUUCGGCUCUAAAAUUUACAUAUUUAACUGAUGUAAAAGAUUUUAUCAUCGGAUUACGACAAUUGCUAUCAGAUGCUGAAAUUUUUGAUCUUAAGUUACAAAAACAGUCCAUAUUAAAAAUUUUACCUAGUAAAUUAUUCGCAGACACAUUUAGCUUAAAAAUUGCUGAAUCCCAAAGUAUCCAUGAAGUUUUUAUAAAUCUCCAAAAUUGUCUAUUUCAAUAUAAACGAGUAAUUAAGUAUGGAUCAGUAAUCACUUUACGUCAUAUUGAUACUGGCAAGUUAUUAUCAAGUUCGCUGAAGAAAUAUACUACUGGAUCAAAGCAAUAUUGGGCAUUUGCGGUAGAUCGCCGCCCAACUGAUUACGAAUCAUGGACUAUAAUACCAGAAGUUAUUAAAAAUGGAAUAGCUCCAGUUUAUGGUGGCAGCAAAGAAAUAGGAUCACCGGUAUUUUAUGGAGAUAUAAUAACACUUAGAAACAAUGGUACUGGAAAAAAAUUACAUUCACAUAAUAAUUUUAAUUCACCGAUAACUUUACAACAGGAAGUCACAUGCCAAACUUGCAACGAUAUAAAUGAUAACUGGGAUGUGAUGCAUUAUGUGCAUGACUUUGAAUACAAAGAUCCUUGGAAUGAAUGUCAUGAUAUCGUUCUUAUGCAUGCGAAUACUAAAUUGAUAUUAAGUAGCCAUAAUUAUAUGUUAAAUGAUGACUACCAAGAGGUUACAUGUUUUGGAGACAAGAAAAUCAAUACCACAAAG